AGCGCUGCAGCAGGGACGGGACGCUGCCUGCGGCUGUGAGCACCGCGGCGGGGAAGGAUGGGACGCUGUUGGAAGGGACUGAGCCCGGCAUUCUCCGUUAUAACUGAGUAGCCCUUAUGACCAACAUGAGCUGGAGCUUUCUAACCCGCCUGCUAGAAGAGAUUCACAAUCACUCCACCUUUGUGGGGAAGGUUUGGCUCACCGUGCUCAUCGUCUUCCGCAUUGUCUUGACAGCGGUGGGAGGGGAGUCCAUCUACUCUGAUGAGCAGAGCAAGUUCACCUGUAACACCAAGCAACCUGGCUGUGACAAUGUCUGUUAUGAUGCCUUCGCGCCGCUGUCACACGUCAGGUUCUGGGUCUUCCAGAUCAUCAUGAUAUCCACCCCUUCAGUCAUGUACCUGGGUUAUGCCAUCCAUAGGAUCGCUCGGUCAGCGGAGGAGGAGAAGAAGUUCAAGGGAUUCAAGAAGAAGAAGCAGUUUGCUUUGAACUGGCAGGCAGUGCGCAACAUGGAGGACGCGAUGGAGGCUGAUGAAGAUGAGCCCAUGAUCUCUGAUGACACAGCAGAACGUGAGAAAGCCAAAGCCAAGCCCAAGAGCAAAGAGCAGCAAAAGCAUGAUGGGAGGAGGCGUAUCCAAGAAGAAGGACUGAUGAAAAUCUAUGUCUUUCAGCUACUUACAAGAGCUUCAUUUGAAGUUUGCUUUUUGAUAGGGCAGUAUUUACUCUAUGGCUUUGAGGUAGAAGCCUAUUAUGUCUGCAACAGAGUCCCUUGCCCUCACACUGUGGACUGCUUUGUGUCUCGGCCAACAGAGAAGACCAUCUUUCUCCUGGUGAUGUAUGUGGUGAGCUGCCUGUGCUUAUUGCUGAACAUGUGUGAGAUGUUUCACCUGGGGUUUGGGACCAUCCGAGAUGCCAUUCGCAACAGGAAAAUCAACAGCUUCAGGCAACCCCCGUACAAUUACACUUACCCAAAGAACAUCUCCUGCCCUCCUGAGUACAACCUGGUAGUGAAAUCAGAGAAGUCCACCAAGAUCCCCAACAGCCUGAUGGCUCACGAGCAGAACUUGGCUAAUGUUGCUCAGGAGCAGCAGUGCACCAGCCCGGAUGAGAACCUCCCGGCAGACUUGUCCACCCUUCACAAACACUUACGAGUGGCCCAAGAGCAGUUAGACAUAGCAUUUCAGAGCUACAGCAGCACUCAGGGCAACACGCAACCUUCUCGAACCAGCAGUCCUGCCUCGGGUGGCACAGUGGUAGAGCAGAACAGGGCCAACAUCGCUCAAGAGAAACAAGGUGCUAAACCCAAGGCCAGCUUGGAGAAAGGAAGCUCAAGCAGUAAAGAUGGAAAGACAUCUGUAUGGAUAUAGCUUUGUCUAAAAGGAGAGAGGGCAGUGUAAGUGGGAGCUUUAUUUUGGUUUGUUUCUGUUUUUUGGUUACUGCAUUCAUUUCACAGGGCACAGGCGCAAUUUUUAUAUGAGAGUCAAGAGAGAAAAGGAGUUUCAGACCAAUUUAGUGCUGUCUUCCAGUGUGUUAAAAAAAAAGACAUUUCUUCCCUUUUUCGAACACAUUCUCCAGCUGGCAACCUCCAGUGAGAAUCAGCAACCCUGACAUCUCCUACCCCUUUGGUCACCACCAGAGCCCCCCACAGAGACUGGACAGCAUGUUCCAAUGGGAAGAGGAGCUGCUGGUGGCUCAGAAGAGAAGUCAGGCCAGCAGUGAGCAGCUCUUCUCCUGCAUGGCAAGGCUAGAGUGCUGUAGGUCAGGCAGUGUUUAAUUACUAAAUAUCCUUAAUCAAAAUUAAUUGCUGAUCCCUUGAUAAGCAAAAAAUACUGACAUAUUGCAUGAACCUUCAUGACAUGCUUACAGCUGAUGUCCCACCUGAACUGUUCGAUGCUGUAGCAGGCAUCGCUGGAAAUGAAGGCAUGGCUGGAUGCUGCAAGCCACAAGCUGGCACCCACAUCAAGUUACGGGGCAGAAACACAGUGAUUGCCUUACACAGGGAGACCUAAAAGUAUAGCACAGCGUGAAAGGUUUUGUGUUUUAUUCCUCUGCAUCAAAGCAAAAAGCAAAAUGACCAAACACUACACAGCAGGAGCAAGCAGUGACAUAGCAUCAUACCGGUGCCUGUGCAGCGCUUGCUACAGAUAUGACGGGAAUCGUUGCAGUUCCACUGUUUUUAACAAACUGCUGCUUCACAUCACCAGAAAGUGCCUUUAUGUAACCAGGAAAACAAAACCAUAAUGGGUUUAGACUUAUCUGCUGAAUUUUACUAGAGACUGGAAGAUCAGUGUUGACAAAUUUGUUUUCCUGUUUAAUCAAACCCUUAUAAAUAGUGGCAGAUGGCAGGUCUAUGCAUGGUGUGUGUAUACAUGUAUGUAUAUAUACAGCCACAUAUGAACAUGUGUGUGUGAAUAUAGACAUAGAUAUAUAUAUAUAAAUGUAAUAUCAACCUUCUGGUAAUUUUACAGCCCUCCACCUCCCCUGGGAAACCCAGCUGAUCCAGGAUUAUGGCUAAUUGCAUCCUGAAGCAGCCUUUGGGCUUCUACAUUCCAGCCUCACCUGGGGAACUGGCAGGUUUCACACACUUGGUUGGAGGUCCUUAGCAAUGUAAACUUGCUUCAGUGUGGGCAUGACCAGGACAGUAGCAAGAAGUUUUCUCCCUAGUCCAUGAGGAGAUUUUUUCAGCUUAGCUUGGUUUUAGGGUGGUUUUCAUGCAUCUACAGAGUCUGGGGGCAUGUUAAAAUCAAUCUGCUGAGCAACACGGCUCCUGCUGGUGCCAAGGACAUGCUUUUUCAGGGUGGUUUCAUCCCAUGUGUUUUGUACAGCUGCUGGGCUAUGGCUUUGUUCCCUUCCAGUAACACAAAAGAGAAAGAAAACAUCAUCACUGUGAGCACAAGGAACAUGUCCAUGUGCUUAUUCCUGCCAAAUAGUAGAGGCUGAAACCUGUAACUGCCUGAUCCUGUCAUGUAUCAGAGCUGGUCUGACCCCUGAGAUGCUCUCAAGAUAGCUGUGGUUUGGCAGAUGCUUUCACAGCCUCCCAGGAUUCCAGUGAUUGAUCCACUGCCAUGGAGAACCCAAACAGGCAAAGCCCCCAAGAUCUAACCUAAUGCAAAAUAGUAAACCCACAGAGCUGUCCCUAUGCAAGCUGUUCCCUCAGGGCUGUGCCAGCCACACAAGGGCUCAUUCAGUUCUCCAUGCCAGUAUUUCUGAUCCAUUGGAUCUUCAUGACUUCUCACUGGGCAUCUUUCUCAUGUCCUUAAGAUCAGUCCCUGAACAUCCUGAGGAUGCCUGUUUUGAAGGUGGCUGGGCCCUUUGGCCGUUCUGGGGAACAGGCAGAGAACUUGGGAAUGGCCUUCAGCUCCUGGGAACUUCAGCUGAGCUGUGCCAUGCCAUUAGAGUACAGUGCCAGCAGCAAAAAAAGUAGAUUUAAAAAGAAAGCCAAGAUACAUCCUAUGAGAUAUUCAGCUGAAAAUAUUUAGUAUGGCUUUGCAUAACAGUCUGGGGAAGUUUCAGGCUUGUUCCUGGUUCUGCUGAAGGCAUUGGUACAACGCCUGGAGUACUGCCUGCUCCUGCUGCUAGAGAUCUUCUCUUUGAAAAUGGACAACUGCAUCCAUUAGAAGGACCAAUGCAUUCACCCAGCACCAAUGGUCAGUAGUAACACACAUCCACUGCAUGCACUUCUGCCAUGAACUUUGCAUGAAAGACUCAGAAAGCCCACACCACAGUGGUGGGGAGACAAACAUAUCCAACUACGCUGUUUGUCCUUGUUCUCUGUUUAGGAAUGUGUGCUCCUUCUAGGCUGGGGCUGUGCUGCACAAUGCAGGAGAGGCUGUUUGCUGAUGCUCCUGCUGUCAUAAAGACAAAUAUAUGCAGGUCCACAGACCAGGGCUACUGGAGAGGAGAGAAGAGGUGCUGCUGGGUAAAAAUUUGUUCCUUAAUAAUUACAGCUGUCCAGGGCACAAAGUUUGUCCUCCACAUCAAUGUAACUUCUAUCUUACUGCCAGCCCUGUGUCCCAUGGGAAACAGUGUGUAUUUAAAGUCAUGAUCCCAAGGGAAAGAUGGAAACUCUGAGGAGAGUGAUGGCUGGAUGUUGCCUGGGUUUUUCAGAUUCCUUCCUGAUAAGCAACAGUAUCACAGUCCCAGAUAAACUUGUCCUUCCCAUGCAAUGCUGUAAGGCCCAGUCCUGUGCAGGAGUCCGGAUUUUGGAUUGCUCCUGCCCAUAAACUUUCUUUAGCUCCAGCCAUGGCAUGAGCAUUUCCCAAUGACUCAUAUCAGCCUCUCAGCUCCUGCUGACCUGGGGAUUCACCAAGUCACCAAACAGAGAGUUAGGCAUGUGCUUCCCUUGCUCUUGCUUCCAGAAGCCAUCCUGGCCAGCACCUCACCAUGGGGAAAGCAGGGGGCAGAUUUUAAGCCAAAAAGCCCAGAACCUGAUCACAGAGAUUUGAUGGACUCAUUUUAUACAGCAGGGGUAUAUCCCCUGCCCCAGUGAUACAGCUGGCCAGUUCUCAAGGGGAGAUACUAGGGCUCCAUGACUGCAGGAUCAGAAACACUCAGAACAACAGGGCUGGAAAGGACUACACCUCUUCUUGUCAACUUGGCACCAUCAAAUGUCUCCUUAAAUAGCUAUCAUGAUGCCCCCUUGCUGCAACCCAUCUUGUCUCCUCUCCUCAGCAGACAUGGAGAAUGUCUCAUGCCUUUAAUGUUUGCAGAAACUUUCAGGUGUUUGAAGGCUGUUUUUAUCUUCCUCAAAUCUGCUGUCAGCUAAACAGCUCCAGUGUCACCAACUUCUAUCCAAGGGCUGUUUUCCUAGCAUGGUCUUCCUUGGUGUCUCUGAACCACCAGCAGCUAGGUCACAUCUUCCCACUCUGCUCCUCUUUAUUCACACAUCUGCCACCCUGGUCCUCCCCAAACCCCCAUCUUCUGCAGACAUGGGGAUUGCUCCUCUCUUCAGAUGUGGGCUUGUACAGAGUUUUCCUGCCAUCCUUCAAACUGCCUUUGUAUUUUCAUACUGCAGUAAGGGGGCUUUGAGUGGUCUGUUGGUCUGCAGCAGAUUUGCAGCCUCCUCUUGGCUGGUGUCACCAUACAUUUAAUACGCACACACUAUUUUCCAAAGUAAGAGUCAAUUAAUUGCAAUAUUGAUGAGUAGUAGAGCCAGGGCAGAAUCUUGGGCAAUCAAUAUAACCUACUCAUUGGGCAGGGAGAUAGAUAGGGUAACUGCUCUCUCAGCCAUCCUUCCAACUAGCCCUGCUCAUCUAUCAGGCUUUAAAUGCUUCUUUGCAUAAAAUGCUUUCCGAAUGAGAGCUAAUCUUGCUUCUCCAUGUUUUCCAAGUGUUUUGACAGGGACAGAAGCACAAAAGUACAUUCCUGGCAGGAUUGCUGUGGUGUUGUGGGCUGCCUGGGAGAGAAGCAGUUUCCUGCAAAGUCCCAGCCAGCCUGGAGGACACCACUGACUCCUCUGACCUCAGUUCUGCCAGAUCACAUCUAAGCCACACACAGGAGCCAGCACGAGUCAGAGAGCCCCAGAAAUAUAAAGGACUAUUAUUAUUAUGUAUACCGAGUUGCUCACUUUCCCCCUUCCUCCUUCAUUCCUUGGACUCUAAAGCCUGUCAGGUAUUGCAUCUUUCCACCAAAUCACUGCCACAAAGGUGACAGACAUGAAUUAAUGUCUCUGCAGAAGUGACUACUUUAAAGGAAAGUGCAAAGAUCCCUUAUUUUAUUGUGUGAGUUUGGGAAGGAAAAAGUAGAGAGGCAAAAUAAGCAUAACCCCAAGCAAAAUUCCCAUCACAACCAUUACAAACUAAACUGGCAGCUCAAGGAAUUUCAAUUAGAUGACAGGAGGCAGAAGAAAUGCCAGUAGUAUAAUUAAUAUUCUGCUUUUUUUUCUUCACAGCAUAAUAGUUUUGUUCACACACAAGAGGGGUUUAGCUUUGUAGCUGAACUAAUCAUAAAUGUUGACUCUCUUGCUAAACUUGGUCGGAUUAAGUGCCCACACUUAUAUUUCUAUUCUUACCAUUCAGGGCCAGGAAUGUCCCAUGUAAAAGCCAGAUUACCUUGUUGCUUGCAUUGCAUUCCACUGGGAAAUACUUGAACUUAACUAAAGGCCAUAACCAGUCUGUGCUGUUACAAAGUUUCUGGGAUUGUUUUUGUUGUUGUUGUUCAUUUUUUAAUAUACUAACUGUAUUUACAGUAGGAAUCUUUUUGAGUAUGAGGUUGAAUCUGUAAGUAUUUUUCAGUGUAAAUGUUACAUCUGGACUGUAAUUAGAAUAUUAAACACUGCUCAAAAGAGAAAGAUACAUCAGUCCAACUCUUCAACAUCCAUUCUACAUCC